AUUCCGACCAUGGAACUGUUAGAAUCAUGGGAGUGGGCAGUUUCGCAGCAUGAAUUGUAAGAAUCGGGGGAAGCAAUCCCGUCUCAUCCCCGUAUGUCCGUAAAUCCCCUCCGCCAUUUCUCUUCCGCAAAGCUUCGUACUCUUCUCCCGGUCCACCCCCGUAGAAAGAUCAUGUCCGUCUCUACGGGAUCAGGCGCCGCAGGAGCCACUGAUCCGACGGAUCCUGGCACGACCUUCAAGCUGCUCCUCUCCUGCCCCUCCGGCCUCCCCGCUUCUCGGGUUUUUGUCAAAUUCGAUCCGUCCUACGAUCGGAUCCCUUACCCGGAUGCUAAUUUAGAAGAAUCCAUAAAUGAGAUAUGGAGCCAACGAAUUCGGCAGAAUCCAUCACUAUAUAAUGGCAUAAAGUUCAGAUAUGGAGGUCAUGCCAUAGAAUAUGUGGAUGGCUCAGGUCAAAUUUCAUCCGUCUGCCUUCACAUGGGUCUCACGGAUUACAGGACAUUUGUGGGCACAAACCUGAGUCCUCUAUGGGAGAGGUUUCUUGUUCCUUCAACAGUCGACUCGUUACGGUGUCAACAUACAUCAAGUCCAUUGGGUAAUGGAGCUAUAGUGGAAACAUCUGAUGGCAAGAUUCUUGUGUUACAAAGAAGCUAUAAUGUGGGUGAAUUUCCAGGAUAUUUUGUUUUCCCUGGAGGCCAUUCAGAGCCCGAAGAAAUUGGAAUUUCAGCCCAUCUGACUGACAAAGGCCAGACAGAAUCUGAACUUCUAAAUCAUAAAGUUUCCAUGGAAAUGUUUGAUGGUAUCAUUCGUGAGGUGGUUGAAGAAAUUGGUCUUCCUGCAAAUUCGCUAACAGAUCCUCUCUUUAUAGGAAUUUCUUGCCGGGUCGUGAAUGUCAGGCCAACAGCCUUUUUCUUUUUGAAGUGCAAUCUGGAGGCGAAAGAAGUUUGUAAAUUAUAUUCCAGUGCACAAGAUGGAUACGAGUCUACUCAGAUUUUCACAGUUCUAAGAGAUGAUUUGAAACAAAUGGCAGUGAAGAUGCCUGGUUGCCAUCGUGGUGGAUAUGCUCUAUAUAAGCUGAUGAUGGAAGCUACUAAAGACAGCUAGAAAUUACAAGAUACGGUCCGUUCAUUCCACGGUAACUUAUUGCAUUCAAUUGUUUCUUUUAUCCAUUUGCUUCCAACUGAUGCUUGAUCCUCUAUUUGGUGUUGAACCAUUCUUAAGAUCCUUCUGUGGCAAGAAAAACGAGAUCAAGUAAACUUUGACCUAAACACCAAGUGCAUGAGGCAAUUCCAGCAUGUUUUCCAAGCAAAUGGACCUACUCCCGAUGAAUGGGAUACUGGUUUCAUCUGAUGUUUUCUAUAUGUUAACCUGGUGGUCAUAAACAUGUUAUACUAACAGCAAGGAAAGAAAUUUCAAUCACACAGAUGAUUGUCUUUGAUGAUAAACCUUAUUUCAUUUCAAUUCUUGAGCAAGAUACACUUUUCAAUA